CGGGAGGAAGCUUGUUUCUCCAAAUUCAAGCAAGUUAAAUACCAAAAUGAGUACCAAGCUGGAAGAUGAAGAAACCCAGUAUAAUGUAGUGAGGGAAGGGAAGGCUGACAUACUCCAGCCUAAAUCUGUGUUCUACAAUCCUGUACAGGAGUUCAACAGAGAUCUCACUGUAGCCGUUAUAUCAAACUUUGCUCAAUUACUUCGAGAAGAAAUAAAAAAUGAUACUUCAAAAAACAAAAGGCAUUUAAAACCCAAAAAUGAUAAGAAAUGGCCAGAUACGAGUGGGGAAGUUGUACAAAAAACUGAUGUGAAGGAAUCAGAAGAGCAGACCUGUGAUGGUGAUGUAGAAGCUGGCAAGAAGUAUGCUGAUGGUAUAUCAAUCUUGGAAGGCCUAGCAGCAUCUGGGCUGCGGUCCAUCAGGUUUGGGUUGGAAAUUCCAGGUGUUCAAAGGAUUGUCACCAAUGAUUUUGAUAAAACUGCUGUAGAAGUUAUACAAAAAAAUAUAGAGAGAAAUAAACUUGAACACCUUGUCACUUCUAGCUUAGGAGAUGCUUCUAUGGUAAUGUACAUGAGUAAAGGAACAGAUGCUGCAUUUGAUGUGAUUGACCUUGACCCUUAUGGAGGUGCAUCCCAGUUUCUUGAUGCUGCAGUGCAGUCUGUUGGUGAAGGAGGUUUACUGUGUGUCACAUGUACAGACAUGGCACUUCUUUGUGGAAACACACCAGAAAGUUGUCGGGCAAGAUAUGGAACUAUGUCAUACAGAUCGGCUUACUGUAAGGAAAUGGCACUCCGCAUCCUUCUGCAGUCUUUGGAGACGACUGCUAAUAGAUAUUCAAGGUAUAUUGUGCCAAUGAUAUCUAUCAGUGCUGACUUCUACAUUCGAGUUUUUGUGAGAGUUUUCACAAGUGCAGCAAAAGUUAAACUCUCAUCACUUAAGUUGGCUAACAUUUAUCACUGCUCAGGUUGUGGGGCUUUUACCAUUCAGAAGCUGGCUAGAAAAAUACCAACAAAAGGUGACAAUUUCAAAAUGGCUGCAGCACAUGGGCCUCCUGUCACAGAGAUAUGUGAACAUUGUGAACACAAACACUAUGUUGUAGGUCCAGUAUGGGCGGACAGACUUCAUGACACAGAUUUUGUGAAAAAGGUCAUCAGUUAUGUACAAAAGAAGUCAUCUGACUUUCAGACCCACAAGAGAAUAGUCGGCAUGCUUAGUCUGGUCAGUGAGGAGCUCAAAGAUUGUCCCAUGUACUAUGUCAUUGAUGAUGUGUGUCAACAGGUUCACCUUUCCUCCUUCAACCAGGAAAUAUUCAUGUCUGCUUUGUUGAAUGCUGGUUUUGAAGUUUCUAUGUCUCAUGCUGAACAGAAUUCCAUCAAGACAAAUGCAUCAAACAGGGAUAUUUGGGAUAUUGUCAGGUCAUGGGAGAAAACACAUCCUGUAACUGAAAAGCGACGUGUACCAGGAUCAGUAACAGCCAAUAUCCUGUCCAAGGAGCCAAUCCUGAAAGUGUCAUUUGAUCUCCACCCUGGAGCAAAGCAAGAGUCCAAGAAACGAGGACUGUCACGAUAUCCACAGAAUCCAGAGAAAUUCUGGGGACCUAAACCAAGGGCUAAAAAGUCAGAGGUUGACUCUACAGAAUCCAUGGUAGACAAAAGGAUAAAACUGCAGGGAAAAAGGAAGAAAAAUCAGGAAACUGAUGAGACUGCUGCUGGAAAUGCCAAGAGGAAACUAGAUUCAUUGCCUUCCUAGAGAGACCACACCAGUGAAUGGUGUGGCAUUGCUGGGGAUUAUACAACAACUCUUUCAGAACUUGCACAGUGCGGUUGGUGAAGGACUUGUUUAAAAGAAGGCUCCCUGGAGAGACAAAUGUGAAUUGUGAAUGGUGAGGAGCUUGUUACAAUAAAGGUUUCCCAUGGAGAUAAAUGUGAAGUGUGACUGAUGAGGGCCUUGUAACAAAAAUGUUCCUUAGAGAGAGAUAUGUGAACUGUGGCUUGUUUCGCUGAAGGUGGCUUACAGAGAUAGAUAUGAAGUGUGGCUGUUGAGGGACUUGUAACAAAGAAAGCUUCCUAGACAGGUCAUUGUAAAUGUUACUGUUGAGGGUCUUGUAACAAAGAAAGCUUACAAUACAGGUCAUUGUAAAUGUGACUGAUGAGGGACUUGUAAGACUGAAUGUUCCUUAGAGAGAGAUAUGUGAACUGUGGUUUGUUUCAGUGAAGGUGGCUUACAGAGAUAAACAUGAAGUGUGACUAAUGAAAGUCUUGUAACAAUAAAUGGUCCUUAGAGAGAGAUAUGUGAUCUGUGGGCUUGUUUCAAUGAAGGUGCCUUACAGAGAUAAAUAUGAAAUGUGACUG